AUGAUGAAAGGGUUAACUAGGAACGUGAUAUCAAUCGAUUCACUCGAAACACAAGUACAAGUCAGUGCGCAAAAAGCUCUUGUUAUUUUACAUGAAGCCACAAAAGAAGCCGAAAGCAAAGUUCGAAAUAUGUUAAGUCGAAUAGAUAUUCUACCACCGUGUAAUCCUUUAACACCACCAGGCACAGCACUGAUAACUCCUCUAACUACAGCAACAACCCCAAUUAAAACUACAACUAUAUUAGGUAGAGUGUGUUAA